CCGGCAGUCACCCGCGUUCCGUUUGCCCGACCGCUACACACUGACCAGAUAAAAAAAAAAAAAAAUGAAAAUGAUAAAUACAAACAUAAAAUAAUACUCGUCAGAGGUAUCGUACCUAUUGCGAUCGUAAUAAUAAUAGCAAUAAUUUAUAAGUCGACGGUUCGAUUUCGAUUUCAUUACUAUGCGAGUUACGUUACGCGUGUAUAUUGCUCUGGCCGUUCGAUAAUGAUCGUCGAUUGAAUCGCGCGUGUUCGAGUGCAGCAGUGUGCAGUUGUGGUGUACAACGACGGUCGAUAAAAAAUAUAGUUUAUAUAUUAUUUUAUUAUUAUUAUUAUUAUUAUUAUUCGCUCAUCGGACGACGGUUCAAUAUUUUUAUUCGUUCGUUUUUAAUGAUAUCGAGAUUCCUUCGGCGCGGACUAUGCAGGCCAGGGAUACCGGGCGUGCCAAGUCAAUGAACAGUUAUUGAAAAAUUAAACGAAAAUCAGGUCUGUGCCAGCAUGAGAAUAGCGACCUCAUGGAUCGUCAUGUCUCUACUGACCGCCAUAUUCGAAUCGUCUCAAGGCCAUGAUCAUCACAAAGCGCUUAACAAUUACAAGAUCAACAAGAAACCAUGCUCGGUGAACAGCCUGGAGGGGACGUGCAUGUUUGUGUACGAGUGCAUCAACACCGACGGCCGGCACAUCGGCAUGUGCGUAGACACGUUCAUGUUCGGCAGCUGCUGUGCGCACAACCUGACCACGGCGCAGCUGGCCAUGUUGCCAGACUCGUCGGAGCCAGCGGUGCUGUUCACGCAGCCGGGCGGCAACGGCGUGUCGCAGCGGCCGCAGCGGCCACACCACAGGCCACACCGGCCGUCCCAGGUGAUGACCCGGCCCAACGGCGGGGACGCGGACGGCGCCGGCACGUCUUCGGUGGACAAGAAGUACCACUACCAGCCGGCGUCGGCCACGCAGCAGACGCCGAACAUGCAGCCGCAGUCCGCGCACGUCAACCGCGUACCGUCAACCAACUUUAUUUCAAACAGCCGGCCCAACUUUUUGUCCAGGCCCGCGGCCCAGCCGUACACGACCACGACCACGACGACGACGACACCGACGCCGCCGCCGACGUCCACCGCCGGUCGGCCGGCCAUCCAGGAAGUGGACGACAACGACAACAAAGUGGACUCGGUUUGGUCGCAUAGACCUAGUUGGAGUUCGAAUAUGGGUAACCAUCAUUCGUUCAUCACCAAGCCAAAGCCACUUCCUCAACACAGACCACAAUAUAUGAUACCAUCGUCGACGAUGUUGACGACCACUACCGCUAAUCCUACCACUACCACGACAACUACCACCCCAACUCCUCCUACGACAACGAGUACAACUACAACAACACCUGCACCUGAACCACCACCACCGACCACUACAACUACUACCACUGAUAAACCUUUAGUUAUAAGUACAGCAACUAGUCCAAUGGCAAUGUCCACCACCGUUUCGGGUAAGCCAGAAAAACAUACCGCCAAGCCGGGUGUAUCGGCUGAGACCAAUCAAAAAUCAAUGCCUUGUGGUUUGGCUCCUUUGCACCCCAGGCACGAAGUCCGCAUUGUUGGCGGGAGAAACUCUGCGUUUGGUAGUUGGCCUUGGCAGGUGUCUGUGCGAAGGACGUCAUUCUUUGGAUUUUCUAGUACGCAUCGAUGUGGUGGAGCUUUAUUAAAUGAAAACUGGAUAGCAACAGCUGGCCAUUGCGUAGACGACUUGCUGACAUCACAAAUUCGUAUAAGAGUCGGUGAGUAUGACUUUUCAUCCGACCAAGAACCAUAUCCGUUUGUGGAACGUGCAGUUGCCCGGAAAAUUGUGCACCCAAAGUACAAUUUUUUCACAUACGAGUAUGAUUUGGCAAUGGUGCGAUUAGAAGCGCCUGUAAAGUAUACACCUCACAUAGUGCCAAUAUGUUUACCUGGAUCGGACGACCUUCUUAUAGGCGAAAAUGCCACCGUAACUGGAUGGGGACGACUAAGUGAAGGAGGCACUUUACCUUCAGUGUUACAAGAGGUGAGUGUACCAAUUGUUAGUAAUGACAAGUGCAAAAGUAUGUUUUUGAGAGCUGGUAGACAUGAAUAUAUACCAGACAUAUUCAUGUGUGCUGGAUUCGACGAUGGUGGACGUGAUUCCUGUCAAGGCGAUUCUGGUGGUCCAUUACAAGUCAAGGGCAGAGACGGGCGUUACUUUUUGGCUGGCAUCAUAAGUUGGGGUAUUGGAUGUGCGGAGGCAAACCUACCCGGCGUGUGUACCAGGAUUUCCAAAUUCGUACCAUGGAUUCUACAAACAGUCACAUAGUUAUAUUAUUACCAUUAUCAUGGGGUUGAGUCUUUAUGUAGACUCUAACUAUGAUGCUAACUAUACUUAUAUAGAUAUAGAUAUAUAUAAAUAUAUAUUUGAAAUACCGAAUUGGUAGCACGUGUACGUUAAUUUUCGACGUUAAAAAAAAAAAUUGUAAAUUCUGUUUUUUAUACGUAUGUAAAUAGUUUAUACAUAAUAUAUUAUAAUCAUAAU